AUGUAUGGGCUCUGGUACAUGUCACUGUGCCAACGAUUCAGCGAAGGCACGAGAGGAAAAUUUUUCAGAGGAUCUGCAUAUAUGCACCACAUACGCGAGGCUUUUUUCGAGGAAGUCCGGAGCAAAUUCUACCCUCCCCCAGAUAAUAGUGGGCGCCAGGUCCUACCCACAUCAAAUAAAAUGACAAGACAGUGGUUCUCAGACGUCCUAUUUUCCUGGGCGCUGAUCACAGACUGGGCCACUUGGUCUUCAAGGCCUGACAUUGAUCCUGUCAUCCGAUCACUUUACGGUUCUUUACCGGAUCAGACAACUGACAUUCUGGAUUAUGCAACGAUGGAGCUGGAGGCCAAACUCAGCGGAAACGAUUGUGCUCCGAUGGUGGAGACUGAUGAGGACAGUUGGCACAACUGCCUGAGGGUUGCCCUGGAACUUUUUGAGGCCAAUGUCAAAAAGGCCCAGCUUGAAGCCAAUGCUAAGGCUGAAGCUGCUACAAAAGCCGCAGCUGAGACUGCUCUGCCUACACCCACGCCUCGCAAUGUGCCUGUUCCCGGAUCAUCAUCCAAGCGUCCAGCUUCCUCUGCACCUAUUGGAGUUAGGAAAAUCAAGAAGGCCAAAACGCUAAAGCCUGUUCCCAAAGAUGCCGGCUCCAAGCAGCCCCCUACUCGAAUUUCCAGCCGGGACAAGGGCAAGGGCAAGGCCACAGAGUCUGCCAUGCCAUCAGGAUCUGCGUCUCAGGCGAGCAAUAUUAUUCAAAUAUUUUAUUUCUGCUCAACUCACACCUGGGGAUGUUAG